CCCUCCUCUCCCACCCUCCCUCGCCGCUGUCCUGCUCCUCCUGCCCGUCCAUCACUGCCCCCUUUUCUUUUCCUCCCGUCCGCAGAUCCGUCCACCACACUUUGACUGGAAGUUUUCCCCCCGCCAGCAGACCUGCUCCACCGGCCACCGUGUGCCAGGAGAGUCGGAGCCAUGGAGCGACAUUAGGAGGAAUUAGGGGAACAAGAAGAGGACGAAGAGGCGAAGGGAAUAAAAAUAUUCAGACUGAGCAGGAACCACGGACGACGUCCAAGCUGAAUCCGCCGGGCCUGCUGACUAUGCCCCGGAGCCCCACCUCCAGUGAGGAUGAGAUGGCUCAGAGCUUUUCCGACUACUCCGACGACUGUGCCUCAGACAGCUCCCGCGAAGAAACCAUCUACGAGACCAUAAGGGCCACGGCCGAGCCAUCUCAGAGCCGCAUGGACGACAUUCACAUAAACUCGCUGGUCGUCCGUGUCCUCAUCCCCGACCUGCAGCAGACGAAAUGCAUGCGGUUCAACCCAGAUGCGACGGUCUGGGUUGCCAAGCAGCGGAUCCUGUGCACACUUAAUCAGAGCCUGAAGGACGUCCUCAACUAUGGGCUCUUCCAACCGGCCAGCAACGGGAGGGAUGGCAAGUUCCUGGAUGAAGAACGCAUCCUUCGAGAGUAUCCCCAGCCAAUCAGCAAGGGUGUCCCAUCUUUGGAGUUCCGCUACAAGAGCCGAGUCUACAGGCAGCCCAAUGUUGAUGAGAAGCAGAUUGCCAAGCUUCACACAAAGGCCAAUCUGAGGAAGUUCAUGGACCUCAUUCAGCAUAAUCAGGUGGACAAAGUGGCUAAGAUGUUGGAGAGAGGCUUCGAUCCCAACUACCAUGACAGUGACACUGGUGAGAGCCCGCUGACGUUUGCAGCUCACCUGGACAACGUGUCAGAGAUGAUCAAGGUGCUGAGGAACGGAGGAGCUCAUUUGGACUUCAGGGCCAAAGACGGCAUGACGGCCCUCCACAAAGCUGCAAGGUCCAAGAACCACAUCAUACUCUUGACACUGCUGGAGCUCGGAGCGUCUCCAGACUACAAGGACAGUCGUGGCCUGACUCCUCUGUAUCACAGCGUGGUGGUGGGAGGAGACCCGGGCUGCUGCGAGCUGCUGCUGAACCAACAUGCCUCCGUCUGCUGCCAGGACGAAAACGGCUGGCAUGAAGUUCACCAGGCUUGUCGUCAUGGCCACGUGCAGCACCUGGAACAUCUGCUGUUCUACGGAGCAGACAUGAGCGCCCAGAAUGCCUCGGGAAACACCGCGCUACACAUCUGUGCCCUGUACAACCAGGAUAACUGUGCCAGAGUGCUGCUUGUUCGCGGAGCUGACAAGGAAGUGAAGAACUACAACAGCCAGAGUCCAUUUCAGGUCGCUAUUAUUGCUGGGAACUUUGAGCUUGCCGAGCUCAUCAAGAACCAUAAAGAGUCAGAUAUAGUGCCUUUCCGCGAGGCUCCAGCCUACUCCAAACGCCGACGGGGUCCGUCUUCUGGCAGCGGAAACGGCCAGUCGCCCUCCUCGUUGUCAGCGCCACGGGUCCUCCUGCGCUCCAACAGCGACAACAACCUAACGGUCAGUCAGUACCAGCAGCAGCAGCAGCAGCAGCAGCAGCACGGUUCUCCUGGCAACUGGGCCCCACAUCUGCAGCAGCACCAACACGCCCAGGCCCACCCGCACCGGGGCGCCCAGCAGGGUCACUCGCAGCCUGGCUCCUCAGCAUUGCAUCGCAGCCUGUCACCCCAGCUGCUCCAGCAGAUGCCCAGCGGCAGCCCCAAUGGCAACGUGGUUGUUCGGACCAUGGGGAGGGGGGCAAGGAGCCGGUCACCCUCCCUCAGCCGGCUGGGGGAGGAGGCCAGACGGGGGAUAUCUUCACAGCGCCAGCCCAGUCCCAGUAGUCAUGGCGACGGAGUAGGAACCAGAAGGAAGCUGUACAGUGCUGUACCUGGGAGACAUUUUGUGGUGGUUCGUCCUUACACUGCUCAGGCCGAGGGGGAGAUUAACCUCUACAAGGGCGACAGGGUCAAAGUUCUGAGCAUCGGAGAGGGGGGUUUCUGGGAGGGCAGCGCCCGCGGCCAGGUGGGCUGGUUUCCAGCCGACUGUGUGGAGGAGAUCCCUGCCAAGGCCAUUGAGGAGAGGAGCUAUUCCCGAGCGGACCGAGCUGACAGACGGAAGCUCUUCAGACAUUACACUGUGGGCUCCUAUGACAGCUUUGAUGCCUCUAGUGACUGCGUGGUGGACGAGAAGACGGUGGUGCUCCAGAAAAAGGAGAAUGAGGGAUUUGGCUUCGUCCUGCGAGGGGCUAAAGCGGAUACGCCCAUUGAGGAGUUUACUCCCACGCCUGCCUUCCCCGCCCUGCAGUACCUGGAGUCGGUGGACGAGGGAGGAGUGGCAUGGCAGGCGGGACUCAGGACGGGGGAUUUCCUCAUCGAGGUGAACCAGGAGAACGUGGUGAAGGUGGGCCACAGACAGGUGGUCAACAUGAUCCGCCAGGGGGGGAACCGGCUCCUGAUCAAGGUGGUGACGGUGAGCCGGAAUCUGGACCCUGAGGACACGGCACGCAAAAAAGCUCCUCCACCUCCAAAGAGAGCCCCCACCACAGCACUGUCGAUGCGUUCCAAGUCGAUGACCUCUGAGCUGGAGGAACUCGCCACUCUAAGGAAAAAGAAAGGUGAUGCGCAGAAGAAGAGGAUUGUUUUCCAAGUCACUCUAAACAAAGUUGAGGAGAUGACACACGCCCAGAAGGCCUCACCUGUUGACAUGAAGAUCGCAACAAUCAAACCACGUCCAUCCAGUCGCUGCUUGGUCACGCCUACUGAUAUGAAUUCCAUGUAUCACGACCGCCAGGGAGUAGCAGUGGUGCCACCCACUGUGCCGGGGGCGUACCUGGGGAUACCUGAGAAGGGCACUAUUAAGAAGCAGAAGUCCAUAGGUACAUCAGAGGAUGAGAAACAGGGAUUCCUCACACCUCCCUUACUCAAGUUCUCCCGCAGCCUCUCUAUGCCGGACACCUCAGAGGACAUCCCUCCUCCACCUGCCAUUUCACCACCUUCACCACCUGCCUACAACUCAGCUGCUGGCCCAACAACCAAAAGCUAUGGCACCACACGACCGAGCUUCGUCCAGAACUCACCCAACGCAGUGACAACCAUUAGCCGAACCACCGAUGUUGGUACACUAAGACGUGGCUAUUUCCGGCAGAGCUCUGAGCAGUUUGAGAGCACACGCACUCGAGGACGCACACCGGUGCCUGAGAACCCUUACUCCGAGGUGGGCAAUAAGACACUAUAUGUGCCAGCAAAACCAGCUCGAAGGAAGGGCAUGCUAGUGAAGCAAUCUAAUGUUGAAGACAGUCCAGAGAAAACAUGUCACAUGCCAGCAAACCCCUCAGGCGCAGUUUCAAUGCCCACUACACCUGUAGAAAGAACGUGCUCCUCCAUUCCCAUCCCCACCAUUAUCGUUAAGGAGCCCUCCACCAGCAGCAGUGGUAAGAGCAGCCAGGGUAGCAGUAUGGAGAUAGAGCCCACCACCCCUGAACACCCACCUCUCACACCCACCGUUGGUGGAAGUGGAGGUUUGCGUCCUGACGACCCCCUCUCCCUAAGCAACCCCUUUGCAGCAGCUAUUGCUGGAGCUGUUCGGGACCGAGAGAAGAGGCUAGAGGCAAAAAAGCACUCAAUUGCCUUCCAGUCAAUAGACAUAGGGGAUGAUGACUUGAGUGGUCCCACACCGACCCCUCGCCUUCGCCAGUCCAAGUCCAUCGAUGAAGGCAUGUUCAGUAGCGACGAACGUCUCCGAAGAAUAUUGGGUCCUCCUUCAACUCAGCUCGGACCCCCUGUUGGGGGUGGUAGUGGCAAUAUGACAGAUUUCAACACUCCUGAGCCCACAGUGGUUCGGGAGCCUCUGAACACUAGAACAGGCCAGUGUCCCAACCUGGACAGUCCUGUCAGUCUCCCAGCCACACCCCCUAAGAGCCACUACAGGGCUAAUGGGACCUACCUCCAUCCUGUCACUGGCAAGCCCCUGGACCCUAACUCCCCACUUGCGCUGGCCCUAGCAGCUCGUGACCGGGCCAUGAAGGAGCAGCAAAACCACCCUCAGAAUCAGCCACCAAAUCCUCCUCAGGUUCAGCAAACCCCCAAACACGAAGCCCAGUCGCUGCCAAUUCAGCAAAGUCACAAACCAGACCUCAACCAACCGCUGUUCAUUGACACCAAACUACGCUCUGGAAUUGAGACGAGCUAUGCUGCAAUCUCCACAGCAACCAUGGGACGGCCUGGCCGAGGCGGCCUCCGGAGGCAGAUGACGGAGCAGAAGUACGAGUCUGAUGGAGCUCGAGAAGAGCGGAAGCAUCAGGCUGUCGAGGAGAGAAAAAGUGCGCCAGCAGAUGUGGCGGACUCAUCAGCUCCCAAGUCAGCCGGGCUGUUGAUGGUCCACACAAGUACAGAGGCAAACAACAAGAUGGAGGUGGAGGGGCAGGACAGCAACAGGCCAUCUGAGCUGAAGGACCCCAACCAGCCUGACCCUAUCACUACUCAGACACUGUCCUCCAAUCAGCCACCCACAUCCCGAAGGAGAAGCGUUCCUUUAGGCGAAUCCCUGGAUGAACCGGUAAAACUGCCCUUCCGUAUCCCCCCUCCUCCACUGGCCUCGGUCGACAUUGAUGAAGAAUUUGACUUCGCAGAGCCCCUCCCUCCACCUUUGGAGUUUGCAAACAGUAUUGACAUUCCUGAUGACCAGGCUAGUGCCAUUGCAGAGAUGCUACAACAACAGAGACGAAACGGGGGACCUCCUCUACCCCCAUACCACCCUCACGCCCCGCCACCAGUCACCGAUCAACACAAACGGGUGGCAAACAGCAUGCCCCCCUCGUAUCCUCCACCUCCACCCGACCAAGAGUCAGGGGUGGGCGACUCGGGCAUCGAAGAGGUGGACAGCCGCAGUAGUGGGGAUCCUCAGCACAUGGAGACCACCAGCACCGUUUCCAGCAUCUCCACCCUGUCGUCAGAGGGAGGCUUCUGUGACAGCGCCCUGGAGAGUCUCUACGCCACCGCGGAUGGUCAUGCCUUCCUGGUGGAUCGGCCUCCAGUGCCACCCAAACCCAAGGGCAAGUCCGUCAUCAACAGAACAUCACUUUAUCAUGAUGCUCUCAUUGAGGAGCCCCCAGAGUCCUACGGUUCGCCGCCUCAGGCCCCUCCCCCUCCCCCCUCUUCCACUGAACCUCCUAGGACUCCUACUCAAAGGACAUCCAAGCUAUGGGGCGAUCAGGCCCCUGAGCUACGCAGCCCCCCAUCCACACCGGACACCAAGAACACAGUUAUCACCGAGCUGAGCUCCAUUCUGCAGCAAAUGAAUCGCGACAGGCCGCCCAAGCCAGGAGAGAGCCUCGACUCCCCCACAGGGACCAGGGGGGGCUUCGGAACCAGGCCUCCCACAGACGACUCAGGAAUGCGUAAUAACGCCGCUGCUGCUGCGCUCACCUCCACGCCACCCAGCAGCCUCCCGUCGCAGGCUCACCCCUGCAGCCCGCCGGACUCUGCCUCCUCCCUCACCCCCUGCUCCUCACUGCCUCCCUCGGUGUCGCCCACCCUCACGGACGUCUUCGGCCUUCCCACCCCGCCCAUGGGCAGUGGCGGCGGCUACAGCCUGAGCUCCUCGUGCGGCGGCAGCGGCAGCUCUCGCUCUCCGUCGCCGCUCAUGCUGAUGCAGGCGGUAGCGGCUUCGGGCAAGCCCUUUGCCUCCAAGCCCAUGGAGCUGUGGAGCAAACACGACGUGGCAGACUGGCUGGAGAGCCUGAACCUGGGGGAGCACAGGGACGCCUUCCUGGACAAUGAGAUCGAGGGUGCCCACCUGCCCUCGCUGCAGAAGGAGGACCUGAUAGACCUCGGCGUGACGAGGGUGGGCCACCGCAUGAACAUCGAGAGGGCCCUCAAGCUGCUGCAGGACAGAUAAGCCCCGAGGUGACGGGGUGGCGACGCGGGGGAGAGGAGACGGAGGUGUUACCCAUCACUUUUACCAAUCUCUUCAUCAGACAUAAUCUCAAGUCAUGGAACUGGGUAGAAGUUUUGUCCGAGCUGAUGCUGCCUCUUGCUGUUUUUGUCCUCUCUCAUCCUCCGUUGUCGCCCUCAUCUCAGUGCUCCGGUCUUGUCCGCCCUCUUCCUCCUUCCCACCGUCCUGAGCAUCAGGAGAUCAUGGGAUGUCUGGAGGAGCUGCAGAGAGAGAAUAGCUGCUAUAUCACAUCACAGAGAGCAGAGGAGGCCAGUGUGAAGGACUGUCCAGAAAACGGAGAACUCUGGAAUAGUUUGUCCUCGAACUGGAAACAAACACUCGUCUGGAGGUUUAUUUCACAUAAAGACUCGUGCUCACCCAACUGCUUUGGAAUACUAAAUACUUUUUCCAUACACCCCGGUGUGGGUGCAUGAAGAACCAGCUGAGCUGGUCGUUGCUCCUUUUCUAUCUUUGCUAGAGUUUGUUCAGAGAAUAUUUCUUCACUAGAGUCCUACCGGAGUUAUAUUUCUGGGUGCAUCUAAGGUUGUAGAGAAAAAUUUGAGAUAGACUCCAUUUUUUUUGCUUUUCACCUGUUUGUGUCAAAGUAAGAACAUUAGCUGACAUGUUUAAACUAAUACUGAACCAUAUCUUGUGUCCACGCACACAGACACACACACACACACACUUUCUGCACAGUGCCACACAAAUGAGAACACACACCGUCUUCACGACACCCUGAGCAUGUGCACACACACUGUUCCUGCGAUGGCCUUCUUCUCCAGAGUGUGAAGAGAGGUGGUCACCAGAGGAGGAGCCUCGGCUCUGCAGUCCAUCCGGUGUCCCCUUCCAGGAAAACCAGGACGAGGACACGACGGACAAACGUUGGAGCAGAAAGAUCCUCACCUUGAACCAGCUCGUCUGGCUGUGAACAGCGUCCUCUCUUGGCUUUCCCUUUUAGUUCUGUGUGUGUGUGUGUGUGUGAGUGUGUGUGUGUGUGUGUGUGUGUGUGCGUGCGUGCGUGCGUGCGUGCGUGCGUGCGUGCGUGCGUGCGUGCGUGCGUGCGUGCGUGCGUGUGUGUGUGUGUAUGUGUGUAUGUGUGUGUAUGUGUGUGUGUUAAUGGUUGACCCAAAAUAUGAUUAAGGCCCGUUUAGCUAUUUCCAUGAAUCUGCUAUGUAGGCCGCAGUAUAGGAAAACUAGAACUGUUACUUUUGUACUUCAUGCUGUCAAAUCCUCCCUCACCUCACAAAGAGCAGGUCAGCACUUAACGUGGCCCCGCAGUAAUGCUAACGGAUCAGUGUGUGAGUGGCAGAAGCAGAGGAAGCAUUACAAGGAGGAAUCGUGUAACAUUUUGGGAAAUACACUCGUUCGCUUUCUUGCCAAAGUCAAACUGAACUUUCAGAUUCUGUUCCAGGAGUCACAACAAUUGCAUUUCUAUCCACAUGCAGAUUUUUCAUUUAAAAACCCCUGAGUGGAAAGGAGGAAAUUUAAAUAAUAGUGUAUAUUUAACCCAAAAAAAGAGUUUAAAUGGAAAUGAAGUGAAUGUAGCGUAAAUGUCACUCAAGCAACAUUCCUCAUAUUACAAGAUUAAACAAACAGAAGCAUCAUCCUGGAUUUCAGAUCCGUCCAACACAACGGCUUGUUUCUAAACGUCCUAUGUUGCAAAAAUUGUUUCAUGAAAUGUUUCUGAAAACAUUUAAGCUGAAAAUCUUCAUCCACCACUUCUUUAUCCUGCGGUGACUGUGAGUUACAAUGGAGGACAUGUUUAAUUUUUGUUUAAUUCUUUAAUAUUUGUUUAACUGUUUAAUUUAAUCGCUGGUAACAUGGUGGAUAAACCAAAUCUACAAUCCGAUGUUUGCUUUUAAUCAUGCUAAGCCCAUUAUAAGUCUCAUUUUCAGUCAAAUCAUUUUACAGUGAGGCCAACAAGUUACAGAAAAACAUCACAUUAAAUUGCAGGUUUGUGAUGUCAACAUGACACAACGUAAUCAGUAUUUAUCACAUAUACAGGGAUAGGAAUUAGCAGAUGAUUCAAAUAAAUCCUGAAUAUGAUCAAAACUAGGAUUCUAGUGUUCAUUUAAACACAAUCAAUAAUAAUGUUCUACUCAUCUAUCAUCGUUUCCUAUCCUCUCUCAUAGAAAGCGUUGCGAUUAGAUCCUAUUUUGUCUCAGAAUAUGGAAAGUUUAAACUCAGGAACACGUUUCAUGUCUUCAGAAAGACCUGUGAAGGUAGCACUCACUGAGAGACUGUUGCUUUACAGAAGCUGGUGAAACGGAGACUCGUCAGGACACAGUACUUCUCUAUGUGCAGCUAAAGUCAGUACAGUUUAGCAUCGAGUCCAGAAGCAGGUUGGAACCAAAUGUGGCCACUAGCACCUCGAAAUUCAGAUUUAAUGAGCUUUAGAGGUUCUUCAAGUCAGAUUUUUACACCUGAGGACACAUCACAGCUUCCAGUUGUGGACGUAGCUUUCAACACGCAGAUGUACAACAAAAGUGAUAUCCAACUUCUCAGCUAACCCUUGGCAAGAAAGCGAUGUGUGUAUUUCCCAAAAUAUCAAACUAUUUAAGGUUGUCAGUGGAGCAUUUUAUAGCAUUUGAAUCCAGUGUCAAACCCUGUUGGAGCCCUUUUAUUGGUGUUGUUUUCAACAAAUUAUAAGAAAGCUAAUAUUUAAGAACUAGAAGUCAAUAUUUCAAGAGCUUAAGUUCACAUUCUAUCAGAGAAAUCAGAUAUGUUUUUAGAAACAACCAUCCGAACAUUUUGUACACUGUUGUUUGCUAAUGUGCAAAAUUCGAUCACAAAGUUCACUCAAAUCCAAACUUAUAAAGUGGUUUGGACGUGAUUUGAAACACAUCGAAAGGCAAGCUCUGUUUCAGACCAAAACAGGCUUUAGUAGUGUGAUUACUUUCCAAUAACAACAGCUGGAGACGCAGCAGCGCUAAAAUAAGCUGCUGUACACCGACUCCAGCAGCCCCUGCACGACCAGGGGAGAUAAACAAGACCUUUUCUUCUAAAUCUACUUAAGAGCAAGCUGAUUCUUUGUACAGCAACUUCAAACCAGAUGACGUGAAAUCACACUGAAUCAGGUUUUACUACAAUCUGUCUCUUGGCCUUGAAGAAUAACCUGACAGAGGCGGCAGAUGUUCAUCAGAGAUUAGAGCGGGAUAGAGACCGCCCUGAUCUGCUGUAACUUCACCGGACUAUAAGCUUCUCCACAUUCUCUCAUUGCAGCUUCAGCAGCAGAGAUGAGAUUUAAAACUUUGUUAUAAGGGUCCAAUUUUAAAAUCAGCAUUUGUAAAACUGGAGGUUUUCUGUGUAUUUGCCAGCGAUGACUCCAGGCAGGUCAGACGUACAAGUGCAGUGUGUGUUGAAAUGUGUAUAUAAGAGUGUUUAGCAGGAUAAAAAUGUCUAUUUGAUUAUAUGUAUAGCUCUAUUUAAAAUGUUUAGAGGAGAAAAGAGAUUCUAUGAAGGUUGAUUUCUAGUUGUCAGAGCUGACCUGAUGACCAAAGCAGUGGUCUCAUUCGCCCCCAUCAUCCCUCAGAGGAUGCCUUAAACAGCUUCCCUUCCUCCACCCCCUGCAAGAACAGCUUCCGUAUUAUCUCGAAGCAGAUUCCUUCAGAGCAGGCCGGCCGGGCGGUUUGCUCGACGGUAACCCGACGUCUAGAACAAGUUGUUUGGUUUCAUAUCACACUCCGCAGCUUCAUGUAGGCGCAGCUUUCUGAGGAGACAAAUGAAACAUACACGAGCUCUGUGUUCUGUGAACAUUAGGAGGCUGGCACGGGAGAAUGCUGCUAUAAUCCUGUUGUUUUAAAUCGAACAGCGGCGUGUCGGAGGGCGCAGAAAAGCACAGUAUUUUUAAAAAUUUGUAUAGAGUUCUAUGAAAUUUUAUAGAGGUUAUCUGAACAAAAAAACUGUUCAACACUGACGCGUGGAUUGCCAAAAAAAAAAACUGAAAUACUAUAGAUAUAAACGUGGAUAUUAUUAGACUUAUGGGUUAUGUAAGAAGCAAUAUUUAUUCUGAAUGAAUCUCCUUGGUUGUGUUUUAUUUUUUAAAGUUACAUAUCAUGACGCGAUCACUUGUCAGUGUUUUAAUGAAGUGUUGCCUAACGUAGAUACACUCUCUACUUACUGCAGUAGAUACAGUAUACAACUGAAUAUACUGUGUUAGCUCUACACCCCUGUGAAAUAUCACUUCCAUGUGGAAUGAUUCAAAAUCGUAUCGCCUCUCAAUAACUGUUGAUUUUUUUUCCCCCUCAUGAACAAUCAAAAACAAGCACUUUAGAAAGACUAUAUUUAAAAUGCAGGCGCCAAUGUAGAAACCUGGGAUUCCCAAUCAGCCUAACUGCAUGAACAUGGUUAGAAAAACUUUUUCAGUUUUGGAUAUCAGCUGUGUCUGUCUUUAUGUCUACAUCAUGGCUCCAUAUGGAUAACAACUGUCAGGAUAACAGAAAAAUCUGACUGUGAGACUUCACAAAGAUGAAAAAGGAUCCAUGAAGAUCAGUGAGCAACUUAAAGUCAGUGGUAACGCAGCUGUAGCAGCAAUCAGGAUGUAUACAACGAUCCAUAGUACCACUGUUCAGGGCUUCAGUAGUUGUCCUUUUAAAAUGAUACCACACAGGUUGCUCUACUUUUACAUUCUAACUCUAUUUAGUUAUAGAAAUGAGACUUUUUGUGACAAUAUGAGGUACAGUUCAUCAACAUCAAUCUUGAUGGACAGGAUCCAAGAAAGAAAAACUUGUUUGCUCUUUAACAUGAAGCUGCAAGAUUAAGUUUUGUUUUUUUUAAAAAAAAUAAAUAAAUAAAAUACAUGAAAAGACCCUUUGUGACUGUUGGGAACACAUUCUUUGGUUAGAUUAGACUGAAAUAAAAUAGUUUUGGCUCAGACGGGGUGCAGCGUGUUUGGCGUCAACCUGACCAGGACUGCCACAGUGGAUGCAUAGUCUUGACGGUGAAGCACGGAGGCAGGAUUCUGAUGAUUAUGGAGCUGCCAAAAUCACACAUAAGUGUCUAAAGAAGAAAAAAGUGAAAAUUAUGACAUGGCCAAUUAUGUCGCCUGACUUGAAUCCAAUAGAACAUGUUUGGGGUAUUUUAAAGAGAAAUGUAACUAACAACCCCUCCAGCAAAGGGCAGCUCGGUCAUAAAAGGCGUGCUGACUUUAGUUGCAUUUAGUUCAUAUUUCGGGGCCUGAAUUUUCAAUAUAGUCCUUCCAAAGUGUUGCUCACGAGAGGAAAUACUCUACUUGCCAAUUGAGAAGUAACGCAGUUAUCCAGAGGUGAUCCGAUUUUGAUUCAUUUAAGUGAUGUUGCACACUCACUACUGUUGUAUACUGUAUUUUGGCCAAACAAGUGACCACCAAACCCAGGUAUUUUCUGACGACCACCAUCUGCCUGACUUUCAUCUCCUGAAAUCCCUGAGUGUGUGUAUAAAAAGAGCAAAAUGUGUAAAUUUAAAAAAAAUAUAUAUAUCAGCAGGCCAUCUCGGUAGGAAACUAUAUGAAACCUAUAUAUAUAUGUAUACAUACAUAAAUCCACCAAAAAGAAUAGCGGUGGCUGCUGACUCCUUUUCUGUGGAUCGGUGGCUCACUAUGCAGUUUUCUCUGUGGAAAUGUAGAGCUGAGUAGAUGUAGUAAGAAUCUUUAAAGAGCAUCACCGUGGCGUGGCGCUUCACCAGGCCAUGUUUAGGACAGGCAUGGCCCACUAACCCACCACCACUCCCCUCUAAAACACUGCUCCCACCUCUAUCAUCGUCCAACAUUUGGGUAACUGUUACUUUGAUUUAUUUUUUUCUUUCUUGAUUAAUUUAUUUUUUUCUCAUGAAAUAGAUUUUAUUCUUUGAUUAAGUCUUCAUAGAGGCUAAGAUGUUUUUUCGGUAAUUUGUGCAAAGACUUGUGUUCAUGUUUUCUAUGUUGCUGUAAUUUUGUGCUACUAAAUCAUCAUAGAGUCAACUAAUUACUGAAAUGAAAAGAGAGAGAAUUUUCCUGUAACUGCACUCUUCCUUCCCUCUGCCCCCUCAAUUCCUCAAGACUUCUUGUAUGGCAACCAAAAUUCACUGUAAGAAAUAAAUAUAAUAUUGCACUA